ACAUCAAUCAAUGGCUAAAUCUAUAUCAAUUUCAAUAUAGGCAAAAAAUUAACAGCAGUGUUUGCGAGCAGGAUUUGCUAUAAUACUAAUAGUUAACUAAUAGGCCUAUGUAUAGAAAGCGGCCAUCUGUAAGUUAGAGUGGUUUCCCCUGAAUCUCUAACUAUAAUUUUACCAAAAAAAAACUUAUAACAAGAUGGCUGCUCAAGUCUUUAUUUUUUACUGAAAACUUUAAUACAAUUGUUUAAAAACAGAAAUCAUUUGAGAUAAGAAUUUGAAAACCAAAAAAUGGUUUGGAAACUAAGUGACUUGUGCCUUCAGUGUGUUCAACAAAAUUUACAUCGAUAUCCAGAUCUAGGUUCAAAUUUAACAACAUUACACAAGGAAAUGCUUAUUGAGAGACUUUCUUGCCAUGAUAGGUUUUUCCCUGAACAUUUAGGUUGCAUAAGUAGCAAUCUUUUUACUUCUUCACUGAGGCACAUUAAUCUACAAAGAUGUUCUCAAAUCACAGAUCCAGUUCUCCAGUUAUUAGGACAAUCUGGUUGUAAAUUAGAAGUUUUAGUUUUAAAUAAACUUGACAAUGUAACAGAUGUUGGGAUUCAAGCCAUUACUUCAGGACAGUCUAGUUUGUUAGUUCUUCACUUCAAAUACUUAAAACAGAUGACUCAGGCUGCUCUUAACCAUAUAGUAGCACCAAAAUUAUGGUCUCUGAAACUUGUGCAUUAUUACAACUCUAGUAAAGUUUGGGUUGAUGCUGCUACACUGUCAAAUUUUCUGUCUCACAACCCUUCAAUCAGAGUGCUGAAGAUAUCCAUAAAUCAUGAACUCAUUCCAGUCAUUGCCCAGUGCUUAAAAGGGUCUUUAGAAGAACUUAACACCAGCUUUCAAAUGGUAACAGAUGAAAGUAUAGAGUCACUUGCAGAUUUUUGCCCUAAUCUAAAAAAACUUGACCUCAAUGGAGCAAAAUCUAUUGGAAAAGAAUCAUUAAUUAAGCUGUUUCAAGCAUGCACUCAAAUGGUGACAUUAGAUUUGGGCUACUGCAGUCGUAUAUCUUCACCUCCUGAGUGUGAGGUGUUAUGGACCCUCCCACAAUCUCUUACCUCACUCUCCCUGUGUGGGAUGAUGCUACAAGAUGGGGACAUUCUUGUUGAGUGCAUCACUCGUUUACCUCGUGUCACAGCAAUCAAACUCUGCGGUGUUCCAGCUGUUACAGAUGAUACAUUAUCACAAAUUGUUGAGAAAAUUGGCCACAGAAUUCUUGAUUUAAAUCUAAGUGGCAUUGGUGUGAAUGAAAUCACAGACAGAGGACUAAAAUCAGUCGCCAAAUAUUGUACACAUUUAGAUGCUCUCCAUAUCAGCAUGCUAAGGGAAGUGACUGGCUCAACACUCAUGCCAAUAUUCACUGAUCCUGAAAGAGCUUCUAAGAUUAAGACACUUGCUGCUAACUGUAAAAAGAUGGAUAUUAAUUUGCUAGACCAGAUCAUGUUCAGCUGUCCUAACCUUGACAUGCUGGAUGUGUCAGGCCUGACCUCAGUGACAGAUGCCAUGAUUAUCACACUGGCUGACCACUCACCUAAACUGACCCAGCUUAAUCUGAAAGGCUGCAAGCAGGUAACAGAUACAGCUAUUUGUUACUUGAGUGGGUGCUGUCCCCUUAAAAGUAUGUGUGUCUCUGGUCUGCAUGCCCUCACAGAUAAAAGCAUCUUUUGUCUAGCCAGCAGCUGUCCUCAGUUGGAGGAGAUUUAUCUAAAUGGUUGCGCCAAUGUCUCCCCAGUGGCUGUUCAGUACUUGAAAGACUGCUGUCUUCAUAGGCUUUAUGUAAAACACAACAUACCUAAUGCAAGUCCAAACCAGCUAAUGGCGAAAAACUUGGACACUGGCGAAUUCUGCAGAGCUGAUCUUCUUACCGGGUUUAAGUGAUGACCUCAGAGCAGUGAUAAGAUUAGGUUUCAGUGCAAGUGGAUUAAUUGAAAAUUAAUACUGUUCGUAAUUAUUUCUUAUACUGGGAAUAAUUUCCUUGAAAUGGUUGUUUCUACUACAAUAAUUCAAUUCCAUGUAAAGAGUAUUCCGCUACUUGAAAAAAUAUCUUUCUUGCUAGUUUGUCAUUACUUGAGUCAUUGCUUUUAUGCUUGUACCUGGCAGUUAAUUUGUCAAUUUAUUCAUUUAAAAAAAAGCAUUCUGUGAUUUUAAUACUGUUUUUUAAAUUUUACUUACAUAUUUUAUCUACACAUCAUUCUUGUCCAGCUUGAAAUGCAAAAUGAUGGAAGAAAUGUUAUAGAUUUCAUUAUAAUACCAAAACAUGAUGAUAUUACUAAAGAUCCAUUUUAAUUACAUAAUUUGAUUAAAGAUUAUCUUUAAGUAAUAACUGAUCAGAGAUUCUAUGAAUUAUAGAUUCAUUUAGUAAAAUAGCUAUUUAGGAAAGUCAAAUACAUGUUUUAAGAUUAUAUUGCGCCAUUACCAUUUCGUUACAUCAUUCUACAUUUGCCACGAAAACAUAUAAAUUUUAAAUUAGCAAAAUUGUAAAUAACUUUGGUUUCGAUCAAAUUCUUAUUUGUUCUAUACCUGUAAUUAAUCUUAUUAUUAUUUCUUUUGAUUGUGCUCACAUACCUGACUUAACCACCUAUGUUGUUUUUUCCUGAUUGGCACAGCUGAACAAAGAAAUAUGACUAAUACUAGAGUGUAAAGGUUGUCUUAACAGGAUAAGUGACACACAUUCCUUAUUUCAUAGGAUCCUUGUCCAUGCACUUAAAUAUUACUUUAAGGAUAUAAUUUCAUGUUGCUGUAUAAAGAAAA